AAAGGUGGCAACCCUAACAAAAUACAUCGCCUGGUUUUGUUUUAAUCAAGAGUCCCACCCAUUACUGCAGUACUGUAGGCACAAAGUAAUGCACUCAGGCCAUUGAAAGGAGCACACGGCAAACUACUGCCGCUUGAUGGCGCCAUGUAUUCUAACCCAAAAAUGCCAGACAAAACAGGCUUAUAGUUGAGUGAGCAGGUAAAACUAAGACUGUUGGGAUGUAUGUCGUGAUCUCAACAGUAGAAAACAACUGAAUGCGUAAAGGCAAAACCAAAACAAAGAGUCUCGAACUUGAGUUCAGCUCGUUAACUUUAUUCACGCGUUUUCGGCUGGCAAAGUGCUUCUUUCACUAACUGCAGUAGUAAGACGUGCACUUUUUCCCAUAUAAGCGAUCAGCUGUUGGCUCCUCAGGUGGUCCUCUUUAGGGAAGCAUCUCUCACUUCUGUCUAGCCCACCUCUAACCAUCCCACUUAGCAAUGUCAGCUCCGUCAGUACAGUAGGAAGUGAUGUUCGUAGGUGGGGUAGAAGCGUAACUGGUGUCUGCAGGCGGAGAUAAACAGGAAUGAUGCGUGUGGCAGCGGCCUGAACUCCUGUAUUGGCGGAAGGGGAAAGCUGGCUGUGACGGACCAUCUACUAGGAUCCUGACACUUUGGAUCGCUGAUGAAUAAUAGGGCCUCCAGCUCUUUAAAAAGUUAAAACAGAAAUCAAGCCAUACCAAAUCACUUGGAUUUAGUGGGUUCACUUGUUAUUGGGUUUUCCGAGAAUCGCUGGAGCUGUUUUAUUAUUGGUAUGCUAACUGGCUCCUUGGGCAAUUCAAAACUGUGCAAAACUUUCUUUUGGAGAUGGACCAGGGGCCAUUUUUAGAACCUGUACUGGUCAGCAUUAAGAAACAAGUUUUUCUCCAUAACUAAAAGUGCUGUUAACAGUUUGAUUGCGAGAUUUAAUUUGUUUGAGCUAUUGCCAGAGGGGAAAUAUGGAUCCCAUGUCCCGUCUCCCUGGGGACAUCAUGCGAAGAAACCCCCAGCUGGAUUAUGAACUCAUUCAGAGAGUUGGGAGCGGCACGUACGGGGAUGUCUUCAAGGCUCGACAUAUAGAGAAUGGGGAAUUAGCAGCAGUAAAAAUAAUAAAACUUGAACCAGGAGAUGACUUUACUAUCAUCCAGCAGGAAAUUUACAUGGUGAAAGAGUGCAAGCAUCCAAACAUUGUGGCCUACUAUGGAAGCUAUCUCUGUCGAGAAAAGCUAUGGAUCUGCAUGGAAUACUGUGGUGGUGGAUCACUUCAGGAUAUUUACCAUGUUACAGGUCCACUGUCAGAGUAUCAAAUAGCGUAUGUCUGCAGAGAAACAUUGAAGGGUCUUGAAUACCUGCACCUGAAAGGUAGAAUGCACAGAGAUAUUAAGGGUGCCAAUAUAUUGUUAACAGACAAUGGUGAUGUGAAAUUAGCUGACUUUGGUGUUGCAGCGAAGAUAACGGCUACCAUUGCAAAAAGAAAAUCUUUUAUUGGCACUCCAUACUGGAUGGCUCCAGAAGUAGCUGCAGUGGAAAAAAAUGGUGGCUAUAACCAGCUUUGUGAUAUAUGGGCAGUUGGGAUCACUGCAAUAGAACUUGCAGAAUUACAGCCACCAAUGUUUGACCUACAUCCUAUGAGAGCCUUGUUUCUAAUGUCCAAAAGUAAUUUCCAGCCACCAAAGCUAAAGGAUAAAACAAAAUGGACUCCGAUUUUCCAAAGUUUUGUGAAAAUGGCUUUAACAAAAAAUCCAAAGAAAAGGCCAACAGCAGAAAAACUUCUAACUCACCCCUUUCUGUGUCAACCAAGUGUUUCAAGAACAGCAGCAGUUGAGUUAUUGGACAAAGUUAAUAAUCCAGACCACCAUCACAGUUACAGUGAAGCUGAUGACGACGACAUUGAUCUUCUUGCUGUUCCUCGUCAUACAAUACGCUCCUCCAACAAAAACAUUAGAGCAGAAAAAACACGAUCUGAAAUUAAUCUUGGCAAAGUUCAGUUUGAGCCCCCUCUACGGAAAGAAACAGAAGCUCGACAAGAAACAGAUUUGACCAAAGAUAAUGAUUUUACUUCACAAUGGAGCCCUUUUCCUGAUAACAAGAACAGGGGACACAUUGCCCGUUUGGAUAUUGACUAUAAUGUUGAGCAAGCAACAAUUAAACGGGUUCCUCCUCCACUGCCUCCCAAGCCCAGGAACUACAGCUGUUCAGAUGAAAUGACUUCAGAUGAAGAUAAGCUGCUGACAGUAAAACGUCAACCAGAUACAGGCAGUGGAUCCUCCCCAGUUUCAAGAAGGCAAAGCAUCCCAGCGUCCUUGCACCGAAGUGAAAUACCCCAGCCCUCACUAUCUGGCAGUAUCAGCAGUCCAGGACUAUAUUCUUCCAGGACCACUGAGACAGGUAAUGAAGAAUGUGUGCUGAAAUCUAAUGGUCAAAGUGCAGAAGAAAUGUAUGCGCAGGAAGUACUACUUGUACGGGUGAACGACAGGAAUCUUUUCGUAAAGCCAUCCAUCAAUGGAUUACCGCCCACACCAAAAGUACUGAUGGGAGCCUGCUUUUCAAAGGUAUUUGAUGGCUGUCCCCUGAAGAUAAACUGUGCAACGUCUUGGAUACAUCCUGAAACGAAAGAUCAGUAUAUAAUCUUUGGCACUGAAGAUGGAAUUUACACAUUGAAUUUGAAUGAACUGCAUGAAGCCACUAUGGAACAGCUUUUCCCACGGAGGUGUACGUGGCUUUAUGUUAUCAAUCAUACUUUAAUGUCCCUGUCAGAAGGGAAGACUCUUCAGCUGUAUUCACACAACCUUGUCACACUGUUUGAGCAAGCCAAAAAAGCAGGUUUAACUGGGCACAUUCAGACUCCCCGAUUUCCUGAUAAAAUAUUGCCAAGGAGGUUUGCCAUAACAACAAAGAUUCCUGAUACGAAAGGGUGUCACAAGUGUUGUUUAGUGAGAAAUCCUUACACAGGAUGCAAGUAUCUGUGUGGAGCCCUGCAGUCUGGAAUUGUAUUACUUCAAUGGUACGAACCUAUGCAGAAAUUUAUGUUAAUAAAGCACUUUGAUUUUCCACUGCCAAGUCCUCUGAAAGUAUUUGAAAUGCUGGUGAUUCCAGAGCAAGAAUACCCAAUGGUGUGUGUUGCAGUCAGCAGGAGCUCUGAGCCCAGUCAAGUUGUUAGAUUUGAGACAAUUAACUUGAAUUCAUCAUCUUCGUGGUUUACAGAAAUUGGUUCAGGCAGUCAGCAACUUGAUGCUAUCCACGUAACACAAUUGGAGAGGGACACAGUCCUUGUCUGUAUGGACCAAAAUGUGAAAAUUGUUAAUCUACUGGGAAAGUUGAAAUCCAGCAGAAAAUUGGCAUCAGAACUGAGCUUUGAUUUCUUGAUUGAAUCUGUAGUGUGCCUGCAGGACAGUGUGUUAGCUUUCUGGAAACAUGGCAUGCAAGGAAAAAGCUUCAAGUCAAAUGAAGUUACACAAGAAAUUUCUGAUCCAAGCAGAGUGUUUCGUUUGUUAGGAUCAGACAGAGUUGUAGUGUUAGAAAGCAGACCUACAGAAAACCCUACUGCACAUAGCAACCUGUACAUCCUGGCUGGACAUGAAAAUAGCUACUGAGCAAAAUGACAACAGUAAUCUUGGCUUGCUGAGUGAAGAAAGAACACGGAAUUUCUUUAUCUCCAAAAUCAUCUGUUAAGGAUAUGUUUUUCAGUGACAAUGGUGGUUGUAUUUUCUAGCUUAUUCAGGUUUUGCACAGUGUUAGCAAACUGCUGCUGCAGUUCUGCUAACUCUUAUCAACCCAAGCAUCGUGUAAUGGCUGUUUCAAAAAACGUUCUGCAUGCAGAAUUCAGAUUCAUGGAGAUUUAUAGCUUGUGGUUGCUGGCUAGGUAGGCACCAACAAAAACAUUGUUACCAUGUAGAGAGCUUGGAGAAAGUCUUCAUAACAGUAUAGUAAAUUUAAAGGAGGAAACAUUUUUUUUAUUAUUAUUUAACUUGAAAAGUUAUUGUAUUAAAUUUGUAAAACCUAGGGAGUUGUCCAGCUUUAACUGAUGUUGCAAUCUAACUAUAACAGUAAGGUCACUGAAGAGAUUGGGAUUGCUGUAACUUAAAAAAGUAGUUCUUAAAAAAGAGGGGUACACAAACAGUAAUGUUUGCUAUUGAGUUAACCAUUUUCUAGUCAUGUAAUAGUAAUUUACUUCUAAACUGUCAGCUAUUGUUUCUGAGUUUAGAUCUUGUAUUGCUGCUGUCCAUGUCAAGAUUCCUGCCGUUUCCCUAUUCCCACUGUUGUGGCUGCUGAGAUUCAGUAUGUUCUAAGGCCAUGCAAUGCUAUCGAUUCCUGUUUACAUGGUUUGAGUUCACAUAGUUUGCUCUACUGUUCUCAGAAAUCCCUCUACCCUCUUUUCUUAUGCCAUUUGGCACGUGGAUUUCAUUAAUCAUUUCCCUCUGUUAUAGAUAUAUGUGGUCAAUUUUUGCACUUUGUGACUGUGGCAUGAAACUAGAACUCUGACCUCUUUACCAUUUCUGAGAAGUACACUGCAGUUCAGACGCAUUUCUUUAGUGGGGCUUCUUUUUGACAGAAUGUCUUGAGUCAGCUACUGAAUGUCUGCUGUUAAGAAGCAUCUUCCGAAUGCUAUUUAAUAAUGUUUAUUGAUCAACUGCAGUGUUACAUUGCUCUUAAAUGUGAAGUGGUAUAUUGACAGAACUUGUAAUACUACACUGUUUCCAGCUGUUCUCAGAGCAGAUUAAUAUGCAUUUGAUAGCGCAGUUAGUACAAAUUGAGUCUGUCAUACUGACAUUUUCUUUCUACCAGUAUUUGGUUUAGGUUUAUAAAAUCAUGAUAAUUUCACUAACUUGGCAUAAGUACACUGUUGUUAUGAUAACAUAGGUGUGAAGUCAUCAAGAGUUUUUUUUGCAUGAUCUUUCCUAGCUGCCUUUGUGAACCUGUAUGUCACCUGGGAACAUACAGCAAAUAGGUUCCUCAGGGUGAGAGCCAAGCAGGCUAGAAGCAGGAGCUGUCAUCCAUAUAGGGACUGCAUUAUUGUUUUUUUAUUUUCUAUAUUUCCCCACAUGUGCACAUAGUGUUGAAUGAGAAGCAUGGCGUGAGCUCACUGGCUGGUGUCCACACCUCCAUGUAUGACACAAUGAAAAUCCAUGUAAUCCAAGUGUGCACCUGCGAUUCUAAUGCAGAGCAUGCCCUUGGACACCAUCUUCCCACCCUUCAUAUGAGGACAGGUGAGCUGUUUUCACCUUUACAUUCCUCAUCUUCCCAUUCCACAGCCACUAAUCAAAUUUUAGUCUAUUGGAUCUUUGUUAGAACUUUAUCAUUCUGUGCCAGCAGAUAAUUUUAUUGUUUGUUUUAACAGCUCCACUGGCCCUCAGAUUUGGUAUCUUUCAGACACCACUAAUGUACUGUUGUCAUACAUUCCCCAGUCUGGCACAGCACUGCCAAUUUCCUAGGAGGAUUGCUCUUCCCCAGUAUACCAGUGCUAAAGGAAGCUGGACCUGUUUAUUUUCAGUAUUGUCUGUUACCACCAGUCUGAGUCAGACUGAGAGAGUUGGUGCUACACUCAAGUCAUAGUUGAGAAUACACACUCAUUUUUUAUCCUUACCACCUAUUUACAAUGCAAUAUUUGGCUACCUCUGUAAAAACUCAUUUUGUAAAUGAAACAUGGCUUGCUGUACAAUAGCAGGUUCAUAGUUAACCACAAAAUUACUUGCGUAGCAAUUUGCCAGUUUCCCAUAGCAAAAAUGUGUUUUUCUUUUGCAUAUUUUGCAGCUGUUGAUGCCUAGUUGAUACCACCCAGGUAUAUUUCCCUAACUCCAACUAUUUGAUGUAUACAGACAUAAAAAAAUUAGUAAUGUAAUGCAUGUCAGCUGUCAUGUUAUCAUAACUGACUUUUCUCUUGAUUCAUAGGGAUACUCGAGACUAGCAAAGACGUAUGUUGUCCAUUUACUAUCUCAUUUUUGGUAUUUUGUCGAAGCCCCAAUAAGUGUAAUGGCAUUGUCUGCUUUUGUGUUAUGACAACUGCUAAUUCUCAGACCAUCUUUAGUGACUCUGAAAAAUAGUGAGGUCAGUGUGAUUGUUUCUUUUAUGCUUUCUGAGGAGAACACCACUGUGAAGAGGAAAUUGGCACUCAAUGACCAGCAGUGAUAAUUCUGUGUAUAAUUCUUUUUAAUGUUAAAUUUUUUGCCCUAUACUGAUUGUCCUAUUGGACAUACGUUGCCCUGUUAAAUUGUACUGUUAAAUGCUUAUUCAUAUUCACUCAUAAGGGCUACUUCCAUAAAGUGAUGCAGCAGAAACUGAACUUUGGGUGGUUGGGUGAUAAAAACAGGAUUAUGCUGUCUUGUUGCAGCUGAAGUAAAUUGAUGCAUCUUAUAGACUUCUUAAUUUUGUGAUGUUUGAUAUAGUUAAUAUUCUGAAAUUUAAAGGAUACAUUUAGGAUUAAUGAAGUAGUGUCACGUGAGUGCUUCUUUAGCGAUUCAAAGAUGGUAUGUAGUAUAUGACUUUUUUAAAUAGUACUUAAACCUUUGAUACAAUACUAGUUUUAACUGAGGCAGUUUUUACUUUUCAUUUGUAAUGGCUUUUCCAGUAGGAUGGCUGGACCUUCUCUUAAUGUUUUUUUUUAAUACUGCCUAUAGUAAUCUCUUCAGAUGUCAGCUUUUUCCCAGCAUGUACUUCACAUGCAAACAUAUUUUUGCUUGCUGUUCAUUUAAGAGCAAUGCAUUAAAUCAGAUCCAUUAUGCUUUGUUUUAGACUAGUAUCUUUUUGGGAUAUCCCAGAAUCUCAUAUAUUUGGCAUUACAUUUUUAGGAGUUCUAGGCAUUUCAAAGUGUACUGUGUUUUGUAUAAUUUACAUUCAUAUGUUUAUCAAAAACACUUAAGUCUUCAUGGGUUAUGUAGAAUCUUGUAUGAGAGUGCAUGACCUAUACAAUACUCAAAUUAAAUAUGACUCUUGUGAUUUCAGUUAUGUAGUACGUAGCAGAGAUUUCUUGCUGCCUUCAUGUUUUGCAUUCUGAUUUGUAGAGAACACAGUGAUUUGUAGAAAACUGUUGCUGCACAAAAUAUUUAUGAUACAGCCAAUUGAUACAGCUGUAAAUAAAAUAUCAGAUUAAACAUUUUAUAUGCAAAGUACAAGUAACAGAUAAGCUAUACUUAAUUGUUAGGCCUCUUAAUGUUAAUUUUGGCCCAUGUUUGUUUUGAUAGUUCCUUCUGAAAGAAAUAAAAUCUCUCUUAAUUAUCCUUUUUUAACUAGUAGCCAAUAAACACUGAAAAUUUAGCAAUUAAUAUUAUUAAAAGUAUGAACCUACGAGAAUUUAUUCACUUCUUGAACUGAUUCAGAUAUAAAACCACAGUUGAAUGUACCCAGUUAUUUUAGAGAAUUUUCAGUUGUUAAUUUGUUGCUUUGCAGCAUAUUCCAAACAUCAGUCAAAGCUGGACAAUUUGCAGCAAAAGGGAGCUUCCUUCUCUUUACUUGACUCUUUCACUGCCAGACUGUAUUAUAAAAUUUAAAUUUUUGAUUCCAGUAUGAUCACACAUUUUUGCUUGAAUCAUUUUUUUCACUCAGUCCUAAAUAUUCAGAGAAUGUUACAUAACAUCUGAAAACUAGUUACUGUUUAGAGAAAUGUUACUAUUAGGGAUGCAACUAGAAAGUUGUUGGGCUAUUUAUACAGUCUGCAAUUAAUCUUUUAAAUUAAACCAAGUCUUAACUAAUAAAUCUGGUAUUUGUUCCGUUACAACACCAGCAGAUGUCUUUAAAUUAUGAGUCUGCUAUACCGUAGUGUUCUGUGAAGUAACAUAUUUAAACUUUAUUUAAUCGUCUAUGAAGUCUGGUUAGGCUGUUUCUGGGAGUUUGGUAUUUGUAUAAAAAUGGCUGUUCUGCUGCUUUAUCUCAUAGAUAUAGCACGCAGUAUACAUAAUUUUUACAAUGUUGAUGUAUAAAAUAUACAUUGUAAGCACUUUUAUAUGACAUUUGUCUAACAAUGUUGAAUUAGCUUUUCUUGUUUGAUUAACAUGUUUGGGAUGCUUGUUUUCAUAUUGUUGAUGAAAAUGUUACAGAAGAGACUUUUUAAGGAAAUCAAAAACUGGGUAUUGUUUGCAGUAACGCAGAUAUAUGGUAAAAUUUUGUGGAAGUCUGGUCUGAAAUGGUUGUAAAUGUCAUCUUUUUUAACUUUUGAUUUUUCUUAAUCUGGCCUAGUUUAGCAUUUUAAGCAUUUUCAUACAAAGCUGAAGAAAUACAGUAGAUGUUUUGGGUGAGGCAUUUUAUUUUCAUUUAGGUGCUACCUCAGUCAUAAUUGCUUCCUCAAGGUUUUGUCAUUGUUAACAUGAAUGUGAGCUAUCUUUCCGAUAGAGCUUAAUAUUUUGCUAUUAAGCCAAACUCAGAAGGUUUUUUUUUUUUUUUUGCUGUUGCAUCAUUAGCACAUUCCUUAUAUAGUUUUUUGCACAGGACCAGUAAUAAUCAUUUAUGCAGUGUUCACCUCAUUUCUCAUUUUCUUGUAGUUGAGUACUAGCUGUGGAACAAUUGUCAUCUUCUGUUUUUCUUGCAUUUAUUUUCAAAUGUGACAUGUUUUAUUCUUUGAAACAAAGGUCAGCAAGACCUUAGAGCGUGUAUGUCAAGUCAACAGCAGUGCACAGGUUUACAUUGCUUGUGUGUUUUUUCUUGUUAAGAUGUUACAAGAGAUUUGAAGUUUGACAAAACCUGCUUGUGAAAUUUUAGGGUCAGUGUCUACCUAGACUGCAUCUGUUUACCCUAGAGGUGUGCAGAUCAUAUUUAAUAGCAUUUUCACAAAUCUUGUCUAGAUGCACCUGAAGCACUGAAUCCAUUCCUAUGAGAUUAUACUGAAUCUAAACCAGUGUUUAAGUGCAUUUGCCAAGUACUGAUAGAGGUGCCAAAUCACCAUAUUGCCUUGCCAUUCCUUUGUUUAGUAAUAUCUGCAGACAUUAGUACCAUUAUUCAUGUAGGUCAUUUCACUAAUCUGAAGCUUAUUGUCGAUUCAGGAAUCACGGCUUUUCUUGACAUCCACAUUGACAAUAGAAUUAUUGCAGUUCCUGAAGAAGAGCUCUGCAGAAAUGAAUGCAGCAUUAGUUAAUUUUUACUGGACUGAUUUCUUAGAUAUUUUGCUUCAUUAGUUACCACUGGUAGUAGGCUGUAGAACUAAAGGCAUUCUUCAUUUAGUUACCUCUUUAGGUGGGGACUUCAGCUGCGCCUUGCUAUCCUUGAACAGAGACUCUUUUUUUAAAAAAGUCUACCAUUUCAAAAAUUAGUUUAUUUGUAGUGGAACCAAAAACUACCACUCCCUCUUUUAAAAAUAGUAAAUGUUUCUCUAUACAGUUUUGAUAGGAAGGUUAAUUUGAUAACUGAAGUCCUCCAGGCUAGUUGUCGUAAUGUUUUUUUCUUUUCCUGACAUUGGACAGAGAAUGGGCAGUCUUAUGCCAUAGAAAUGUAGAUAUUGUAUUUUUUCAUUGUCUAACAGCCAUACUCAUUGUGUUUGACACCAUUAUAGUUGAAUAGAUAAUAAGUUGUUAUGCUUUUUACUGUGAAAGAAGAGUUUAUUUGCAUUUUCUGGUUGUGAAGCAAAAUGUUCUGACUUUUCCUGUUUAGAGGGGAAGAAAUUUAGUUCUGUGUUGACUAAUUUAUUAGGAUACAAAUAGACAUCUCUCGCUAGCAAAACUGCAUGGUUAUCUGGAGCUACCAGUUUCCUUACUCCAGUAACUCUGUGUGGCAUUCUUACCUGAAAAAAAUCAGAAUUAACCAGUCCCAUUCUAAAUGUCUUAGUGUAUUGUAGACAUUGCUUUAAAAGUGUGAGUUUUCUGAUUCAUGUUGAUUUGCUGACAGCAGUGUUUGUGAUUGCCAAUAAUAUGAAUUCAUAUUGCUGAAAAAAAAAACACUCAGCAAUAAAGAAACAAGUUUUUUUUUUGCUCUCCUGUACUCCCCACAUAGAGGGAGAUCCUCCAACUUGUGUACACUUACUCCACAGUGUCACAACAGUGAGGGAAAUGGCAGCCACAGUGAAUGUUGAAAAUGUUUUUUUUUUUUUUUGCAGUAUGGAUUUGCCCUAAUGGCACACACAGAGUCUGCUAUCAGUGAAUCAACUGGCACGCUAGGUUUUCCAGUGCUGUAACAACAAUGAUAAAAUACACUUUUCUUGCUAACUUUCUGUCAUUGAGACAUCCAUUCUCACAUUUAACAUGCUCUGCCUCAUAUGUAGUUUGCUCCUUACCUUUUCUAAAGAUCCUGUCUCCACUUCUUUUACCUCUUUUACAAUGUUCAGUACUUCAGUUACAGUUAGUUUAGAUGUUGAUUUCCAUUUUUUAGUAAUUGCUUUUUUUUGGCAGCCAGUAGCAUUUAAACUUAGUAAGACCUUACUAUGUCUGGACAAUUCAGAUCCUUAUAUCCCCUCCUCAAAAGAAUAAUUUUGUUAGUUACAACCAUUUGCUCCCUCAGUGUUUCUAACAAAGUACUCUGGAGGGAAUUUUUAAAAUCUGGUAACUCACUGCAUUCCCAGUUACUUCUCUCUGUCCCAUCACACCUCCAGCAUUUGCUGUCUUCAUGAGGAAAAAUUAUCGUAAGUCUGCUUGGGGUAUAAAAAUGCUACACAAACACUUCAAGCAAAAAUAAUAAAUCUUCUGGACUUUGUUGCAUACUUGGGAACUGUACAUGUGUCUUAAAGUAGUUAUUUUGUAUGUUGUCUUUCCAUUCUGUCUUCCUAACCUUUUCUAAACUCCUUUGAUUGAUUCCAAUUGUUAUCAUGUAGUGUUUUAUAUUCCCUACUAAUUAUCCGUUUGUUAAAAGCAGCAGUACCAUAAACAUUUUGAACAAAAGUAGCAGAUUACUGCUGGAAAAGAAAAAAAAUGCUAAAUAUUUUCUGUACAUACUCCUAUGACUUAUAGUUAAAUUUUGCAUAUGAGGGAGUAAAGGCACAGUCUUGUCAGUUUGCUGAAGUAGACCGCUGGAAAUAUCUUGAAUGCUAGUUAAAAGUAUUCUCAGCUUUAGAGUUCUUGUAAAUACAGAAGUCCAAUGUCAACAAGAAGCUUGGAGCAUUCUGUAGAUUAAAACCUGCUUAUCAUUUGCUGCCAACAAUCCGUAACAAAAGCCAUACACAAUGUAUUAUUUGAUGUUGGAAUUAUACCAAAGUGGCGCAAUGCAGAGUGACUGGCUUACCAUGUCAUGCUGACUGUUCUGUGCUAUGAACCAUUUGGCCAAACCCUGCCCCUUUCUGAAGCCUAUACCUUUACCUUCCAGUAAGGUUUAAGGUUUUAGCAUUACAGAGCCAUAGUCUACAUUACAGAUUGCCCAACAAUGGUAUCGCUGGAACUUGACCAUUCUAGGUCAGAAGACAGAAAGUGUUCCUUUGAGUAGCAUAAUGAAGGCAUAACAGUUUGUCAGAAUCAAGGAGUGUGUUCAUCUGGACCCUCCCAUCCACAAGUUAAACACUGCUCUCUGUCUGUGAUUGAGAAGAUUCCAUUGGAUUCUUCCAUGCAGGUGAACUCACAAAGAUGGCUUAAUCAUUGGUUCUGUGUAUAUUGUUUUUUUAUUUGAUGGGAGCUGUUCUUGGAAGUUAUAGAGUGUUUCCUUAGGAUGGACAGUUUGAUGUCCAUAGAAGGGUUCAUAAAAAAGGCUGUCAUGACCAGCUACCUCUUGCAUGUGCUGCCCUGAACAUUGGUGCCUGUAGACUUUCCCCAAUACUUGCCAUAUGUUGUUUCUUGGUUGGGCUGGGCCUAGGCCACCUCCUUCCAGAGCUGCAAAUAAGAAAGUGUAUCCUUUCCCCUUAGUGUCCCCCUGAAAAAGUGAUUCGUAGGUCCUUUAUGUCCAUAUUUCAUAAACAGUAAAGCAUUCCUUCUCUAUAGCUCCACUGGAGAGAGUCGCAGGCUUACUAGUCCACCGUGUAAUGGUCUGUUGCUUAUAUACUUUCUAACUUGAAAAGGUUAAAAACAGUACCUUGAUAAGAAAGAUAGGGAACCUUUUCCUUCCCCUCUCUGUCAUAUCUUGAAAUGAUGCCAUCUUUUUAAGUAUGAAAGAAACCAGCUUCAGCUCUCCUUGCCCCUAAGGAGUGUGCUGUCUAUACAUUCCCAGUAGAAUAAAGUGGAUUCCUUACUAAGUAGCCCAGGACAUAUUCCUUUGUGAUUUCUUUAGUCCAGCAUAGACAACAGUGACCACAGCAGUUUCUGCCUUAUGGGUGGAUGGUCUGGCAGAAGGGUAUUCUUUGUUACUUUGGCGAUUCAUUUCUUUAACUGACUGUUUUACCUAACUCAUAUCCUUUACUUCCUAGUGGAUCGGUAUCUGGAAAAGUUGGCAGACCUCUCUUAAGCUAAACUCUUGCUGCUUUGGAAAAGAUCCUUAUGAUGGUUUCCACAGUAGGCUUUCAUACAGACCACUGUCAUUUCGACUGUGCUUAGGUAUGUGCUUGUGGUGGAAAGCAUGGCCCAAGCUGUCCUUCGUGGAUGAACUUAGGUAGGUCAUUCUAGAUGCCUGUUUUAGAGCUGAGGUCUUUUGUUAGGUCUCUUAGGGCCUAACUGAAGGUGCCCUAAAAAGACGAAACAGGCAUUGACUGUUAUAAAGGGUCUUUGCAAUACCUCUGUCUUGUCUUCUUUUCUCUUCUAAAUGUAUCCAUUAUCCCAAGAAGAAGAAGAAACAACUCUUAUUUGUAGGAUGCUGAGAGCCCCAAAUAUUAGGCUUCAUUAGCAUCCCCUCUUCCAUCUACUUAAUGUCUUCAAGGGAUGACACCAAGGCUGCAACAGUUGCUACCCUAACUAGAGUGCAGGACUGCCCUUGUGAGUUUGGUUCUUUAAGUUUGCCUUAGCAUGAUCAGUGUAGCUGUAUACACUCUAUCUCUUAGAAAUGUUGGGUCACUUCAGAAAAAAACUCCAUUCAGAAAUAAGGCAGUCUCAAAAGAGCUUUUGAAAUUGAUCCAAAUUCGUCCGUGUUAAAGGACUGUGUACCAUGCUUCUCAUUCAGGGAAAUAAAAGCAGUCUAUGUUUGUCUUUUAAUGCAGUGGGAGGAUUUUGCCCCAUCAUGGAUAUCAGGAGCGUCUAUAACCCCAUCCAUUAAUGUCAGAUUUUGAAUGUUGACUCUGUAGGAAGCCAUGCCUAUGAUGCACAAAGGCACCUGCGUGAUGUCAUUUGACAUGGUGAAUAUGUUCUAGCAACUCACUGUCUGAGGUCUUUACAUGAGGUUUCUUUGUUUCACUACGAGUGGGCUGUCUUUCCAUAGUUUAUAUUGUCAGGCUCAGAGGUGGAAAUGUUCGCCUUUUGGAAGAUUUUCGUUUUGGCCAUCUCUGCUCCUUUGUGUUGAAAAUGUAUUAGGUCUUUCACAAGGAUCUGCGGGUCUCCUAGGACUUAACCUUGUUUUCUUUUAAAAGUUGUUUUAGAACAUCCCUUAAAGCAGUCCUUUCAUCAUUAGUGCCUCUUUUUCUUCUGUUGGGGAGCUGUUCUUGCUUUGGAUGUGCAUCAUGAUCAGCUCGGGUUUUAUCUGCAGAAGGUGGAGGAGUUCAGGAAGACAGACAACUUGUUUGUCUCACUUGUAGUGGCUAAGCAAACCUUUUCUGAGUGGAUUGCUAACUCCCAUUAUUCUUUGCCUGACCUGUGGGAAAUGCCAGUGCUAUCAGAUGUCAGUCCACAAGACUUGUGGCUGCUUCUGUUGCUUGCAUUAAAAAUGUCUCUGUUUUGGCCAUUUGUGUCAUGGCCAGUUGGUCAUCAGUUCAUACCUUUGCCAAUAAUUUAUACUUGCAUAUUUUUUCCAGGAUGUGGAUGUUUAUUAUCUUCGCAUCACACCACACACCAUGCCUUGGCUAUCUUCUUUGUCCAACAUCUUCAGAUGGGUACUUUGUAAGCAGGGCAGUUAUAUAAUGUAUUUUUCAUUUUGUGCUCUCUUGAGUGCAGGGAUUAGUGCACCCUUCUAGUCCAGCAUGUGAUGUAGUGACAUGCUUAAGUGGAAGUGUACCCCCCACACCCGUACAUGAGCUAGAGAAAUUUCAGAAAUAUGCCACAACUGGGGAUGUUUUAAGAGGAUAUACCAGCAGUUGCCCAGUGAAGAGUGCCUUCUCACAUCUAAUAUGGAGAGUACUUAUCUGUUAUGUACCAUAAGAUGUCAUAACUCACUUUCUCGCUAAUUUUUUGAAGAUGUUAACAAUAAAAUGCUAACCCUUGCAGUCUGAUAUUGUUCUAGACAAUGAAAUAACCUAAAAUUAUAGCUAGCAGGCUGUGUUUUUGUUUUCCUUAUUUAGUGUUAUUUCUUGAAUUGUGCAUUUUAUUCCAUUUAACGUGGAAUCAUUUGUUACAUUUCUUUGUCAGAUAAGGCAUCUGCUGAAGAACAGAAGUGCAGUUUUCGUGUAUUUUUAUGUAUGUAUCUUGUAGUUAUAAUGUUUCUUAUUUGCUGCCGACUACUUUGGUAAUUAAACAUUGCUUUGUAUGUAUAGAAGACAAAAUUGACAUACAUUUUAUUGUUUGGGAAGCAGAAGUCAGACUAGGAAUCUUGUAAUUUUUGUGGUCAGAGUAUAUUCUGAUGGCAUUGAGAGACAGUGUUAUCUGUCUUAUUUUUGUUCGUCAUCAAACUGUGUAUAUAAGUAAAGGCUUGGGAUAUUCUUUUACAGUGCAUCUGCUUUUCUGGAUGACAUGUCUUUAGUAAAGUAAGCUUUUUCUUUUAUUGUUUUUUUUAUGUAGUUGGUUUGUAGUCCUGUUUUAUUUUAUAUUUACUCAUUAUUAAUACCAUAAUCAUCAUAUUUUGUCAUUUUUUUACAGAAUUAUUUCAGUUUAUGCAUCAAUGAGUGUUACUGGUCCAGUUGUUUAAUGAUACCCAUAGUGCCAACAUGCUUAGACCACAGUGGUUAUAUGGAAAAGGUAUUCUGUUAUGAAUCUGUAGGUUCUUCUUCAGUGCAUUCUGAGUCAGCAGAUCCUUGGCAUUCCUUUAGAAGAUUUUUCAGCAAGUCAAUCUGUCCUAGUAGAGUCCAUAAGAAGUUCAACCUCAGUCUAACGCCGAGAGGGCUCAGUCCUGGGGAGGUUCUAGUCACUUUGCUAUUAGUUCUUUCUAGCUGUUCUCGUGAUCAAUGAACUUAAAUUCUAUUUCAUUUUGUCAUUUUUGCAACUUCAUUUUCAGUAGAAUUCUUUCCUACCGUUUCCCUUUGUGUCAUCAGUUCAGAUUUACAGUAAUCACCAUUGUCUUUGAAAUGAACUUGUUGCCAGAAAAUGGCUGAAUAGGGCAAACAGCUGGAGCUGACAGAACAAUUGUUAUCAGCUAACUAAACACAGUUUUUAUUAGCUAACCUUAGGCGCUCACUUAAUUGAAGUAGCUUAGUCUGUGCAGGCUUUCAUACUCCUUAACUGGGUAUUUCCCCAAGAGAAUGCAGCCUGCACUGUGGUCAUCUCUGUGCUGAAUUCUUCAGUCGAAGAACCUGUCUACAUUCCCCUCUGAAGAGGUUAAGCAGGUGGUGAUUUUGGAGAUUUCUGCUUUUAACUUUCCUUUCACUUCAUACUCCAUUCCAUUUUAUGGGUAUUUCUCAAAUUGUAAGCAUUCUCUGUCUCUUCAGGAUGACCACUGUUUUGAUGAACUUUUCAUUGAGGUUGUGGUCUUUAUAGACAUUUUUUGUGAUUUAACUAUUAUACUGUUGAAUAUGCAAACCUGCUACAGUGCCAGCCUUGAGUUUUUUGCCAUGAGAUUAGCCUUGAAGGUAGGCUGGAUGAAACUAGAGAAUGUUUUCUCUUCCCUACUAGACAGGUUUUAUUUUUUUGGCCAACCACCCUUUGCUACCUGGGCAAUUAUAUAUAUCAAGAGAGGAAGGCAGAAAAUGUUAAAAUGACUGAGUUUUCUGCAGUGUGUUAGGGAAUUCAAAAAGCUUUAUAAAUAAGGAAAGAAUGAUUAGCAGGGGAUGAAGGGGUUAUGUGCUUCUAGUGUUGGGGUGAAAAUCAGGAAGAGUGUUGGGCACAUGACCAUGUAUCCCCGCUCUUCUCUUUACUGCUUGGCUUCUUGACAUAGAAUGAUGAAGCCUUGACUGUGGCUUAUGGAAUCAGUAGUUGUCAGCAGUAAAUACAUCUUAGGGACUAGUUGGGGAGGGGGUGGAGUAUGAGUUCAAGAUUGCUCAGGGAGACUGCUUUAUCUGCAUCAUUGGCAAUACCUAGUGAUGGCUGGGUCUCCAGAUGCUGUGCUGGCUUGUGCUGCAUUGAGCAGAAACUUUUGUACUGAACCAGGGAAGUAGACAGGGUGUGCAUGUGCAUGCACACCUCCUCUCCCCAGCCAAGCAGCUGUGGUGAACCUGUGAGCAGCCUAGGAGAAGAAAUGUUUGGCCACUCCACAGAAGCUGCAGAUGGCCUGUUCCCAACCACAUGACUGCUGGGAGAAUGGAUACGCUUUUAGGGAUCCCCAGGCAGGAAUGGUUCUUCCAUAGCACUGGGAUGCCAGCCUACUACGUUUGUGGAGCAAAUAUGCUGAUAGUGUGCAGAUAAUGGAGCCAUCCGAAAUGGGUUUUUGGGGAGGAGCAGAAAUGGAGAGGGUUUUAAAAAAUAUUGGCUUCUUGGAGGAUGGUGACACUAAGGCAAGUAGGCAGGCUUUCUUAGCAUUGUGAAACAUGUUGGCCCACUUGCCUGUGACCCACUAGAAAUUCAGGUGCAUUCUGCUGUAUUUGGGGUUCAGAAUAAGUUACAUUGAAGUAUCUCUGCACUUGCCUCUAAUGCUCCAGUAUGAUGCCUUCAUUGUUCCCUGUAUGGGUAUUCAGUUGCUCAUCCAUGAGAUUAAGAUGUAGCUGAACUGAAAAAGUAUAGGCAACAGGUACAAUAUGUAUUUUAGCUGUAUCACUGCUGAAAGGCUGGCAUUUAUUUUUAAAUGAAGUUCUAGAGGUGAAAGUCUCUGAAAGUACAGCUCCAACCCAUCAACAGCAGUCUGUUUCUGCUGUGAUCUCCCCCGAAAGUGAAAGAAAAACUCGAGUGGUCUGCCACCCCUGGGUUCUCCAUUUUGUGAGUGUUUUCUAACCUCUGUAUUCAUUUCCAUUUGGAAUUGGUCAGAGGCAGGCUCCUAUUCAAUGGAGAAUUAUGAGACACUAUGCAUUCUUAUGCCAGUGGAACAGGGGCGUACCAUGAAGUUUGCCUCCAUUCCUUUUUAAUUGGCUUUCCUCCACCAGAAAGUUCCUCUACUUCAUAGAACAUGUACAGCUGUUGCAAGAGUCCCUCUUGAGACUUCAGAAAGGUGCAUGUGAGAUGAUAAAAGAAGACAUGCACAUGGAAUUUUAUUUUUCAUAUCUUCAUAAGAUUGGAGGAUUUUAGAUUUACCCUGAUUUGAAGUACCAGAACAAUUUUCUGGUUUUCCUAUAGUUCUAGAUAUUAACAGUGUAGUCAUGUCUCACUUUUUUGAGUGAGAGAAUUUUUUGUGGCAUGGACAUGCAAGGUAUAUACUUCCACAUAUUGAUUCAUUUGGCUUAGUGAAGAUCACUAAUACUCAGGAUGGAAAGGAAUUGUAUUUAUUUAUUUAUUUACAUUUGUUUACCGGGAAAUUCCGACUGAACACAGGUCCUUUUUCAGCGGAUGCCCGGGGAGAAAAACUCCACAUCAUGUACAUGAUAAAUAGAAAUGCAAAGUUGCAGCAAUAGCAGAAUUCUGUCCAUUUCCAUUUAAAAUGUCUUUUGAACCUCUUAUGGUUGUCAGUUUGCUUAUAUGUUGUAAUAGCUGCUUUCCAAAGAACGAGAGUGCACUUCUUCCAUCCAUCGAUGGCUUACUGUUAUCUGCCCCAUCAAACAAUGACAUUCCAUGUACUGCAUCCAUUUCAAGAACUAGGGAUCUCAUAUGGCAUCUUUAAGUUUUGUCUCAUGCUGUCUCAUGUGCUUACUGUUCUGGUCCUGAUCAUUGAUUCAGUCAUACCUUUCUUUUUUCAAGUCCAGAAAGGUAUGUUGAAAAAGCUGAGCUUCUGUACAAGGUUCUUGCUUUGUGUUAACAUCCAGCGUGGAUGUUCCUUAGGUUAAGCUUUAAAUCUGUUUGGGCACAAAGGAGUAAACAGGUAUGUUUUUUCAUGAGGUUGCAAGAGUUAAAAUCAUGACUAGACCCAUCCAGCCUACACAGCAAAGUAUAUUUUCUCGUAGUCUUGCCUGGCCCUGGAACAUUCUAUCCAGUGUAGGUAGCCUAUGACAGUGUGCUUGGGGGUAAAGUGGAGUUUCCAUAUAAAUAUCUUUGAGUUGAGCACAACGUAGUUCUUAGCGUUCCAAAGACUUUUGUCCCCUCUUAAAAGGAGUAGAUGUAUUUUAUAGCUGACAACUUUAGUAGUCAUAUUCUGCGCCAGUAAGCCAGUAGGUGCAAAUUUAUUUCCCAUCUGUCAGGAAGUUAUGUCAUUUAGCACUGGGGAAAUUAAGUCAGCUUGCAUGUGGUUUGAUGUCAUCUACAAAUCUAGACAAUCUCCUAAAGUCUUAAAUUGUGUGCUAGAAUAUGUCUUCUGGUAAUGCGGCUAUUCCUGUUGUGGAGUUGGAGGUUUGUUACAUCCAUCUUUCCACUUAUUCAGGAGAAUGUCCCUCAAGGUUCAAAAGGUAAAGCCCAUUUCCUCAUAUAAAUCAGGUUUCCUUUACUUAGGCACCCUUUACUAGCAGUAACCUAGCCACUUAUGACUGCAGACCUUUCUCUCACAGAACCAAGACAUUCUGGUAUGCAGGAACAGUACGUCUUUAUAUACAUUUGAUUCUCAUAUGCGUCACUGUAGCAUGACUCAAGAUGUCAGAAGUGGUAGCACAGGUAUUGAUAAGCAGCAAUGAAGCCAUUUACAAGAUCCACUUUGAGUGGAAGAGGUUUACCAUUUUGGUGGCCCUCAUAUAGUUUACCCUGUACUUGUGUGACAUGUCUGCAUUUCUGGGUUACUUACUUCCCUUGUGUAAAGUGAGGACUUUAUCAGUUGAUCCUCUAAGCCCACUUGAUGGUAUUGUUUAACCUUUCAUUCAUCUACUGAUGGUAGGCUGGUGGGCUAGGCAAAUGUUGUCCACACUUUUAAGUGGCGUUUAUGCUGUAAAGCUUAUAAAUAUUACUAAUGCAAAAUGUUUUAUGCACAACAUAUGCAUUGUGAUACUUGCUUAUGCCUAAUAUAUAAUGCUUUCCUGGAAGGUCUGUGAAAUUGCAUGACCUGUUAAAAACCAUCAUCUUUCCUGAUUUUUUUUUCCAGAUAGCAUCUCUUUGUCUACAAACUCUACAUUUUGUCAGGGGGUAGUUUUUGCAUAUUCCUGGAAAUGAAAUACAAAGGAUUAUUCCAGAUCACUUUAGCUAGCAGAUCUUGGAGACUCUGUCUCUGCUACCCUCCCUGUGAGAGGAAUAAAUACAUCCUGAAGUUUCAAGUAGUUUAUUCAGUUAAGUCAAUAUAUAGAUGAGUGUUCUUGUUCUGAAUUCAUUCUCACUGUUUUCCCUGAUGCAUACAGUUAGGAGAGGGUUCGCUUUUGAAACAUUGGCUCUAUGGGAGACCCUUUAGACAUUAUGUGCAUUUGUUAUAAGAAAAAAGUGGAAUCCUGCUCCUGAUCAUGUAUAGCCCCCUUCUACAAUGGAAAUAGCACUUUGUUAAACUGCUGUUUUAAAGUGUUUGGUCCAGGAGGUAUGUGCUGCAGCUGCCUUGCCCAAACUGCGUAGCUUUAAAAGAUUUUACAACAUGGAUAUUCAUUCCAAAGCCACUUUUAACUUUGGCAGGAAUAUUCUAAAUGGCUUACUGGUAAGAAUUUGUUGUCCUUCCUUACAUGACUGCUUAGGGAAUUGUUCUAAAUUUAUAUUAAGGGUCUUUUGGCUCGGAUUCACCUUGAAGAGGGUGGGUUGUUUAAUGUAAAGACCUACAUUAACUUAAGGUUCUUUGAGAAUGUCUGAGCCAGCAGGCCAAUGAUCUAGCAUUCCUCUCCCUUGGAGGUUUGAGGGUAUAUCUUAGAUUUUUCUUCUUAGCUUUCUUUGACUCAUUAUCAAGGCUUAUUAGUGGCAGAAAAGAAGGACAGGUUGCACUGUUUACGAACAUUAAGAAGAGAGCUUCACCUGCUUGAUGUAUGUUCUAAAUGAAUACUAAUGGACCAGCUGGCUGAGAAGUACUUAGAAGUUUGAAGUUAUGGUAGGUUUGUAUGCAGUAACCUUUAUACAGCAACAUGAUGUUGUUAUGCAUUCGUAAUCACUUGCUUUCAUCUGUAGGCAGUGUAUGUCAAAUAACACUAAAACCAAUGUAUACAUUUUGCCGUGAUAUGUACCUUGUAAAUAUUGUAUAAUAAAUACGCCUGUUUUAUUCCA